GCGAUGGCGCAGCCGCGGGACCCGCGGCGCCUCUUUAGGUUGGUGCAGGAGGGCCGGCUACGCGCCCUGCAGGAGGAGCCGCAGGCGGCGGCGGGCUGCCCGGGGCCAGCCGGGGAUACCCUCCUGCACUGCGCCGCGCGCCACGGGCGUCGGGACGUGCUGGCCUAUCUGGCCGAGGCCUGGGGCAUGGACAUCGAGGCCGCCAACCGAGACUACAAGCGGCCUCUGCACGAGGCGGCCUCCAUGGGCCACCGGAACUGUGUGCGCUACCUGCUGGGCCGGGGCGCAGCGGUCGACGCGCUGAAGAAGGCCGACUGGACUCCUCUGAUGAUGGCCUGCACAAGGAAGAACCUGGGGGUGAUCCAGGACCUGGUGGAACAUGGCGCCAAUCCACUCCUGAAGAACAAAGAUGGCUGGAACAGUUUCCAUAUUGCCAGUCGAGAAGGCGACCCUCUGAUCCUCCAGUACCUGCUCACUGUUUGCCCAGAUGCCUGGAAGACAGAGAGUAAUAUCAGAAGAACUCCUCUGCACACUGCAGCAAUGCAUGGCCAUUUAGAGGCAGUCAAGGUGCUUCUUAAGAGGUGCCAAUAUGAACCAGACUGCAGAGACAACUGUGGCGUCACCCCUUUGAUGGAUGCAAUCCAGUGUGGUCACAUCGACAUCGCUAGGGUGCUCCUCAGUGAACAUAGGGCUUGUCUUUCAGCAGAAGACAGCCUGGGUGCCCAGGCUCUGCACAGGGCAGCCGUCACAGGGCAGGACGAAGCCAUCCGAUUCUUGGUCUCUGAACUUGGCGUCGAUGUAGAUGUGAGAGCCACAUCAACCCACCUCACAGCACUUCAUUAUGCAGCUAAGGAAGGACAUAUAAGUACAAUUCAGACUCUUUUAUCCUUGGGAGCUGACAUCAACUCUAAAGAUGAAAAAAAUCGAUCAGCCCUGCAUCUGGCCUGUGCAGGUCAGCACUUGGCCUGCACCAAAUUUCUCCUGCAGUCAGGACUGAAGGAUUCUGAAGACAUCACGGGCACCCUAGCUCAGCAGCUCACCAAGAGAUCAGAUGUCCUUCAGGGCUCUGGCCACAGCUCAAUGACAUAAGGAUGUUUCCAAGAGGAGGCAAUAAGGCUCAUGAGUUGCUGGGAGCCUGAGUAAGACAUGGCACCUUUCGCUUUUCGGCUCAGAGAAGGCCAAAUGCAACUUUCUUCAGUCAUCCUGAAACUGGGUUCAACUGACCCCAGCCUCCUAAAUUUGACCCCAGUGAGAUCAAAAUUGUAUAUCUAAGGUACAGCAGUGACAAAGUCAGUGCCACAUCUGCACUCGCUCCCAAGGUCAGUCCCCGGGUCUGUCUCCAAAAAUGGUUGUUGAUGGCAUCACCAAUCAUUGAUUGGAAGGGUCUGAGGAUGACAGUGAAACUGACAGACAGGCCCGGAUUGAGGUGGUGCCUUCCGCCUCUGCCCUGAUCAUCACAACCCUCAGGAAUCACCAGCAGACAGACAAAAACACAGUGGAAACACCGCUUUUGAUGAGAUUAUCAACAUUGCCAACAGAUGCAACACCAGUCUUUAGCCAGAGAACUCUCUGGAACCAUUCAAGAAUUCCUGGGAACUGCCCAGUCUGUGAGCUGCAAUGUUGAUGGUAUCACAGAUGAUACCAACAGUGGAGCAGUGGAAUCCCCAGCUACUUAAAAAGUGCAAAGGAAAAUGUUUUAAGACAGGGUUAUCCGAUAAAAAAAAAAAAAAAAAAAAAAGACUGAGCACUGUGUCUGGCGUGUAGCAAAUAAUAAAUGUCAGCAAUUCUCAAAGAACCCAGGAACAGAAAGCAUUUAAUAAAAAUUAGCUCUUGGCAUAGUCUCCAUCCAUGCCCAGCAGAGCAGUCAAACGUCUUCCAGAUUCACAAGAAUUAAUUUCUCCUCCCCUGUUCCUGCUUUGCACGUUGUAGUAGUCAUCACAUGGUUCACCUUGAGUUAGAGAACUAUUUAUUUAUGUGGAGUCUUGUGUCCCUGGAGGUGAGUUUUUUGUUUUGUUUUGUUUUGUUUUGUUUUUAUGAGACAGUCGCUCUGUCUCCCGGGCUGGAGUGCAGUGGUGCGAUGUCGGCUCACUGCAAACUGUCCCCCAGGUCAAGUGAUUCAGGGGGAAACACUUGAUAUGAAUUGAUGAAUUCAGACCUGUUUGUGCACCCAGGAAACUCUCAUGACAGUCAAAGCCAUAAACACAUCCCUCACCUCCAAAAGCAGGGCAUCCAGUCUUUCGGCUUCCCUGGGCCACGUUGGAAGAAGAAUAAUUGUCUUGAGCCACACAUAAAAUACACUAACACUAAGGAUAGCUGAUGAACUUUAAAAAAAAAAAAAAAAAAACCAGGCCGGGCACGGUGGCUCAAGCCUGUAAUCCCAGCACUUUGGGAGGCUGAGGCAGGUGGAUCACGAGGUCUAGAGAUCGAGACCAUCCUGGUCAACGUGAAACCCCGUCUCUACUAAAAAUACAAAAAAUUAGCUGGGCACGGUGGCGCGUGCCUGUAAUCCCAGCUACUCAGGAGGCUGAGGCAGGAGAAUUGCCUGAACCCAGGAGGCGGAGGUUGUGGUGAGCCAAGAUCGCGCCAUUGCACUCCAGCCUGGGUAACAAGAGCGAAACUCCGUCUCAAAAAAAAAAAAAAAAAAAAAACUCACUGAUGUAAGAAUGUUUACAAAUUUGUGUUGGGCCACAUUCAAAGCCACCUGGGCCAUGGGUUGGACAAGCUUGUCCAUCUUAGUGAAUUCUAACUUUCUACCUACUAUCCCAGAGCAGCUGACUGUGGUGGAGAAAACCUCAGGCAGGGACCCUCAGCCUCCCCUAUACAGCCAGUGAACCUGCCCCAUCCUUGGCUCCAUGGGCUCUCAUGGGUCCCUGCCUCAGCCUUCCAAGUAGCUGGAAUUACAGGCACCACCACUAUGCCCGGCUAAUUUUUGUAUCUUUACUAGAGACAGGAUUUCACCAUGUUGGCCAGGCUGGUCUCGAACUCCUGACCUCAGGUGAUCCACCUGCCUCAGCCUCCCAAAGUGCUGGGAUUAUAGGAGUGAGCCACUGUACCCAGCCUGGGUCCUACCCACAAACCCCAGAAGGCUGUGCACAGCUCCUACACGUGGUACACCUUCAAGGAAUUAUUCAUGGAUUUGAAUAAGGUUAUAUAUGAUGUCAUGUACUUUAUUCUGUUUUUAGUGAGUUUAUAUUCUAAAAUAUUUGCUCCUGGUGAAGAAUAAUUCGGACAGUACAAAUAAGAUCAUUUAUUCCAAGUAGGAUCAUGUAAUCCAUACUCUUGAACUUUUAACUUAGUGCAUUGUUUCUCAUUAGUUCUUUUUGUUUUGUCAUUUCUGUGUUCUUAUUAGUUCUUAAAGAUUUACUUCAUUCUUUUUAACUUUGCAUAACGGUGCAUUCUUUCUGAUAGUCCAUCUUUCAGAUGUGCCACAAUUUGUCUAAGAUGCUUCCUAUUUCUGGACAUUUUAGGACAUUCUGCUGUUUUUUAAGUUAUUAUAAACAGCUGUGCCAUGGAUACAUCUUUGUGUCCUUCUGUGAAUGACCGGAAGAUAAAUUCCUAGAAGCAGAUCAAAGGAUCUGUGCAUUUUUUUAGGUUGCUAACUGUAUCAGUCACCCUUCAGUUAGCGGAGAGUAGCAUUCAUUCCAACCAGCUAACAUAGAAGAUUUGUUACAGGGUCCUAAUGGUGCACAGAAUUGUCAGAAGGCUUGAGCACAGAUCUCACUGAACUUUCAGGGACAAGGGACAAUAUCAAGGGUUGUACUUCAGACCUGGGCCUCAAAAAGAACUGCCCUUUCAAUCAGGAAAAUCUUUGCCAGUCUAGGAAGCUGUUGGCUCUGCUUCCAACUCCAGAAGCUUGUCUUCAUCUGCUGCAGUCAAGGCCAAAAUGAUUAGAACACUCCACAGAAAAUCACUUGCAGCCUUUGUCAGUGAAAGCAGAAACGACAGCUUUUGCCUCUACCUUCCAAAACUCAAGCCAUUAGCAGAAUCCAACUCACAUCUCAAAAUCUGGACCUACAGGAGCCUCGGGCAUGUAGCUGGUAACUUCCCUGUGUCUGCAGUGUGGGGCUCACAUGCACAGGAUGCUGGGAUGGGUCUUGAGCACCAAAGACAUCCAUAUCACUCGCUUUUGCCAAGAUUCCUUCCCAGGCAUACCCACCACCAAAGCUGCGUGGUAUCGCACUUUUUUUUUUUUUUUUUUGAGAUGGAGUCUUAUUCUGUCACCCAGGUUGGAGUACAGUGGCAGGAUCUCGGCUCACUGCAACCUCCAACACCCAGGUUGAAGCGAUUCUCCUGCCUCAACCUCCUGAGUAGCUGGGAUUACAGGCACUCACCACCACGCCUGGCUAAUUUUUUUGUACUUUUAAUAGAGAUGGGAUUUCACCAUGUUGGCCAGGCUAGUCUCAAACUGACCUCAGGUGAUCCAUCUACCUUGGCCUCCCAAAGUGCUGGGAUUAAUUACAGGCAUGAGCCACCAUGCCCAGCCAUGGUAUCACACUUUAUAUAACACUGCAUGAUUUUAAUUUUGCAUUUCACUUUUUUCUUUUUUUAGAGAAAAAAAGUCCUGCUCUGUUUCCCAGAGUGGAGUGCAGUGUUCUGACCACAGCUCACUGCAUCCUUGACCUCCUGGGCUCAAGCAGUCCUCCCGUCUCGGCCUCCUGAGCAGCUGGGACCGCAGUUAUGCACCACCUCUCCCAGCUAGUUUUUAAAAGUUUUGUAGAGAUCUCACUUUUGUAGGGGUCUCACUGUGUUGGCCAGGCUGGUCCCAAACUCAGGACUUAAGCAGUCCUUUCACCUUGGCCUCCCUAAGCCACCACACCUGACCUUGGAUUUCUAAAGAAUCAGAUUGAAUAGCUGGGCAUGGUGGCGCAUACCUGUAAUCCCAGCUACUAGGGAGGCUGAGGCAGGAGAAUUGCCUGAACCCAGGAGGCAGAGAUUGCAAUGAGCCGAGAUCACGCCACUGCACUACAGCCUGGGCAACAGCGUGAGACUCCGUCUCAAAAAAAAAAGUCAGAUUGAAGAUCUUUAGAUCUGUUUAUUGGCCAUUAUAGCUGGGCUCACUCCUGCGUUUAGUUAGCAGGUGGCUUGCUAAGCUGGUAUAGGAUGGCCUUGGCUGAACCAAGCUGGCUCUGCUCCCCAUGGUCUCUCUGUCAGGCUAGCCCAGGCUAAUUUUUCAUGACAGUGGCAGGGAUUCAAGAGAGGAAAGAAACUGGAAUGUGUUUCCAGUCUCAGCUCUGUUUGUGUAGAUGCUCCCAUCCCGUUGGCCAAAGUAAGGCAUGGCCAUGUCCAGAAUUAUUGUAGGAGGGCAGAACCCACAGCCUGGACAGAGGCCAUUGACUGGGGCCAUUAAUGAAACCAGUUCUUGCAUUAUCUUUUGAUCAUUGUUUUGUCCUGUUGAUUUGUAAGAGCCCUUUUUAUAUUGAGUUAAUUAGCUCGACACAUAAUUUCAAAUAAUGACAAAAUUUCAGUUAUACAUUUAUGAGUAAAAAAACAGACUACAGCACAGCAGAAAUAAUCUCCUAUUAGAGCUCCUUUUAAAAAAAGCUCUUGAAUAGAUACAGGCAUACACAGGCACUCACUAAAAUGCUGGGAGGGGGAUGGCACAGAUUCUUUGGAUAUGAUAGGGUGUUUCUAGACUACAGCAUGUGGGAACUUUAAAGAACUCUCGGAGUUCUAGAGCUUCCACCUGUGCCAGCCUACUAUAUGCAUCGUCUUUAUUUUUCCCAGUGUUGCUGAAAAUCAAUAACUAGCUAAAAGUGAAAUGAGCGCAAAAGAUGGAACAAAAUCCAGCUUGUGGCUUAUCCUGCCCCUUGAACACACAGCUGCGGUCUACCUCAGCCUUUCCUCUCUUCCAGCUGAUGCAGACUGACUUAGAUAAUUCCAUUUUGUGAUUUAAUAUCAGAUGGAGGUGGGGAAGCUGAGGCUGGAGGAUGGCUUAGCCCAGGAGUUCACAGCUGCAGUGAGCUAUGAUCACACCACUGCACUCCAGCCUAGGUGACUGUCUCAAAAUAAAGACCAAAAAAUAAUGGAGUAAACCAAAGUUUAUUUUCUUUCCCGCAUAAGAGUCUGGGCAUACCCAACUACAGAUGAGCUCAGCCGGCCCCAGGUGUCAGCCACCCAGGCUCCUGCUGCUGCUUGUUCUGCUCUCCUGAGUAGAUUGCCAUCUUCCGUGUAGUCCAAGAUUGCUCCCCAACCUGUGGAGGGGAGUAAGAAUGAAGGGAGUACCAGGUGUGGUGGCUCACGCCUGUAUUCCCAGCACUCUGGGAGGCCGAGGCAGGUGGAUCACUUGAGGCUAGGAGUUUGAGACCAGACUGGCCAACAUGGUGAAAUCUUGUCUCUACUAAAAAUACAAAAAUUAGCCAGGUGUGGUGGCACACACCUGUACUCCCAGCUACUUGGAAGGUUGAGGCAGGAGAAUCCUCUGAAUCUGGGAGGCAGAGGUUGCAGUGAGCUAAGAUCGCACCCCUACACUUCAGCCUGGGAGAUAGAGUGAGACUCUGUCUAAAAAAAAAUGUGAAAGGGAGGCCAUGCUUGCCCCUUUUUUUUUUUUUCAGAAGGCACCAUAGAUCAUUUCUGUUCAUAUCCUAUUGAUCAUAGAUCCCUCAUAUAACUGCUAGAAGAAAAUGGAAAUUUAGGACCAGUUCAGGGCUUUGCCAUAUACCCUUAUCAGAGGUGCCUUGAUUGAGACUGGGGACAAUUACGUGUGUAAGUCUUUGCUGCUAUCCCCACCCUCCCCUAACACAUACAUCCUCCUUAACCUCAGAUUUUAAAGUCUUAGAGACCAGAAAGCAAAACUUAUUUCUAGACAUGAAGUUGUAAGGGACGUGAGAGCAAUCUGUGAAGAUGGCAUUCAGAGCACAGAACAAGGUCCCAUAGCCAUGUAGGGUAUUAGUCCCCCACGGCGAUGCUCCAAGUGACCUCAUGCAGGUCACACUCCGUGCCUCUCAGGGUCCUGGUAAACAAUGGGCAAAAUGGCGCCUCCUUCCCAGGUUUACUGUGAAGGUAACUUGAGUUGGUGGGUGUCAGAUCCUGGGGUCCAGGUCCAGCCCAUGCUGAAGUCCGAGGGGAGUAGGUAGAUGAACAGAAACACUGGUGGGUAAAGGCCGUAGGCACGUGAAUAUGGUUUUGUUCAGAAGCAGCCAUCUCAUCAACAGCUUUUUAUUAGCAGCUUACUCACAUUAGCUCUCUCACACUGUCCACUUUUAUCUGGCUGUUUGCUUCAGCUCUGUGGCUCCUGCGACUCCCAAGUUUGCAGCUGCACAGCCGGCUCUCCCUUACCUUCAGAGUCAGCAGCUUAACUCUGGCACAAGCAAGCCAUGCUGUGUCUGGGCUCCCACCUGUCUGUCUACCAGAUGGACAGUUUUGGCUAUCUCUCUUCCUCCGGGCACCAGCGCAUCCACCACAUCAAGCCAUGUUGAGCUGAGCCCCAAGAGCACCUGUACAGUGUCAGCAGGGCAGUUAUACCUUUUACCAACAAUAGUGGCUCAGAGCCAAGUAUGAAUUUACACAGACAAGUUAUAUAACAAGUGAAGGUGUGCGCCUACGUGCCAAACUCGCUGAGUCAUGCAGGCCUAGAUCUCUGCCUCAGCCUAUACCUUGACCAAAGCACAUCCGUGUACCUUACAGUGUGCCUGACGCUUGGUCAAGCACAGGCACCCACCACGCAUGAGCCAUUGUUAGCAUUAGUAACAGAAGCACCAGGUGAGCCUCUUUGGCUUAAUGGGAGAGUCAUCAAAGGUGAAUGAAAAUCAUCAGGUUAGCAGCAGCCCAAGACCAAGAGGAAGGACUGAACUGAAGAAAGCAGUGAGACCAUUUGUAGCCCUUGUUCCUAGUCUCUCUUUCUCCUUCCCUCCCUGGGGACGUAUGUCCUUAGCCCUUGGGUGUCUCCAUUGUCUUUAUCAAAAAGAAAACUAGAUUUCAGUCCUUGUUCAUGCUAAGGUGCUAAUGAAAAAAUUUCAAAUUUUACCAAUCCCUGAGUUUUCUGUAUUUUUUUUUUUUUUUGAGACAAUUUCACUGUCACGCUGGAGUGGAGGGGUGUGAUCUCAGCUCAAUGCAAUCUCUGAAUCCUGGGCUCAAGCGAUACUCCUACCUGAGCCACCCAGAUAACUGGGACCACAGGCAUACAUUACCACACCUAGCUAAUUUUUUUUUUUUUUUUUAGUAGAGACAGGGUUUCACCAUGUUGCCUAGGCUGGUCUUGAACUCCUAGGCUCAAGUGAUCUGCCCACCUCAGCCUCCAGAGUGCUGGGAUUACAAGCAUAAGCCAUCAUGCCCAGCCAAUUGACUGCAUUUUAACAAAAAUCAAAUUAUUAAACCAAAAAAAUGAAGCUCUCAAGAUGAAAUGAAUGCAUCAUUAAAAACAUAAAGAAGUCUGGGUGCGGUGGCUCACGCCUAUAAUCCCAGCACUUUGGGAGGCCGUCGGAUCACGAGGUCAAAAGUUCGAGACCAGCCUGACCAACAUGGUGAAACCCCAUCUCUACUAAAAAUGCAAAAAAAUUAGCCGGGCAUGGUGGCCAAGCCUGUAAUCCCAGAUACUCAGGAGGCUGAGGCAGGGGAAUUGCUUGAACUAAGGAAGUGGCGGUUGCAGUGAGCUGGGAUCACUCCACUGCACUCCAGCCUAGGUGACAGAGCGAGACUCGGUCUCAAAAAAUAAAAAGUAAAAAAAAAAAAAGUAAACAUAAAUAUUUUCAAAACUGUAUUUUAUCUGGGCCUUCCUCUGUAUCUUUAUUUUUUAUUUAUUUAUUUUUUUGAGACAGAGUCUCCUUCUGUUGCCCAGGCUGGAGUGCAGUGGCACAACCUCGGCUCACACUUCAACCUCUGCCUCCUGGGUUCAAGCCAUUCUCAUGUCUCAGCCUCCUGAGUAGCUGGGAUUACAGGUGCCUUAUGCCUGCCACCACACCCAGCUAAUUUUUCUAUUUUUAGUAGAGACGGGGUCUCACCAUUUGGACAGGCUUGUCUCAAACUGAUCUCAAGCGUUCCAUCCGCCUCAGCCUCCAAAGUAUUGGGAUUACAGGCGUGAGCUACUGUGGCUACUCUGUAUCUUUAUAAUUAAGACACUUUCUGUUCCUUUUAUGACUACAUCUUGUUAAUUCCGCGUCUCAAAUAGUUCCACAUUCUCCAGGCAAGCUCCAGCCAUCGUUUGCUUUUUCCAUGUACUGUGGCUGCACAGCAAAUUAACCCCCAAAUGUAGCCUCGCAAAGCAGCCUUUUGUUAUGCUCAUGGAGGCUGUGUAUAAGAAUUCAGACAGGGUCCAGCAUGGAUGCCUUGUCCCUGCUCCCAGGGACUGGAGAUUGCAGCUAGAAGAUUGGAAGACUCAAAUCACUCGUGUCUACCAAAUGAUGCUGGCUGGCGACCUCAGUUCCUCCUCAUAUGGGCCUCUCCCUGGGUCUCUGGAUAUGGGCCAAUGUGAGCUGAGAGAGACGGGGAUGGAGCACCAGGCAAUCAUUGCCUAGCUCUUUUUUUUUUUGGAGACAGGGUCUCAUUCUGUUGCCCAGGCUGGAGUGCAGUGGCACAAUCUCGGCUUACUGCAACCUCUGCCUCCCUGGUUCAAGCAGUUCUCUUGCCUGAGCCUCCCAAGUAGCUGGAACUACAGGUGGGUGCCACCACGCCCAGCUAGUUGUUUCUGUAUUUUUAGUAGAGAUGGGUUUUGCCAUAUUGCCCAGGCUGGUCUCAAACUCCUGACCUCAGGUGAUCUGCUGAACUUGGCCUCCCAAAGUGCUAGGAUUACAGGUGUGAGCCACCAUGCCCAGCCUCUUAGCCUCACAGUCUUGCUUUGAAAGUUAUACAGCAUGUGGUUCCAUAGUGUAGUGGUUAUCACAUCUGCUUUACAUGCAGAAGGUCCUGCUGGGUUCCAUUUUUAGUGGAACCACAUUGUGGUUUAUUGUUUCCCUGGCCAGGCGCACUGGCUCACACCUGUAAUCCUAGCACUUGGGGAGCAUUGCACUCCAGCCUGGACAACGAGUAAAACAUCUCAAAAAGAAAGUUAUACAGCAUCGCUUUGCCACAUCCAUUUGUCAAGGCAUCAAAAACUCUCACCCAGGUUCAAGGGGAAAGAAGUAGACUCUACCUCUUGAUGGGAGUGAUAAGGUUCUGGAGGAACGGGGGACUAGAAAAGUGGAGCACCUUCCAGACAUGGGCUCUGCCAUGUUUCCAUUGCCUGAAUUACUGAGAAUGGCCUCAUCACUGACCUUGCUACUUCCUUUUUUUUUGUUCUUGAGAUGGAGUCUCACUCUGUCGCCAGGCUGGAUUGCAGUGGCGCAAUCUCAGUUCACUGCAACCUCUGCCUCCCAGGUUCAAGACAUUCUCCUGCCUCAGCCUCCCAAGCAGCUGGAACUACAGGCGCCCACCACCACGCCUGGCCAACUUUGGUAUUUUUUUUAGUAGAGGUGGGAUCACAGUUUUGGCCAGGCUGGUCUCAAACUCCUAACCUCAAAUGAUCCCCCCACCUUGGCCUCCUAAAGUGCUGGAAUUAUAGGCGUGAGCCACCACACCCGGCCUACUUCCACUUUUGUACUUCAGUUCCUGUGACUCUCACAGAGCAGCCUGGGAAAGCCCGAAGCAGAUAAGCUUGUGCCCCUCCUGCCUCCUACUUCUCAGGAUAGAAACCGCCGAGGCAGCCGGGGGACAGCCCAGGCCUUCUUUCAGUUCCUCAAACAAAACAGACCAACCUGGUUUCCUUCCACCUCAGUGUCUUCCUGGAAAUUUCUUUUCUCAACUUGUCAUGAGGACUCCUGUUCGCCCUUCUCGACCCAGCCUGAAUGUCUCUCCCUAGACAGACGCCAUAGCUGAUCCCACUCUAAAAGCCCUUCCUGAAAUCUUGUCACUUGUGCCAACAUGGAUGAAGCUGCAGGACCUGAUGUUAGGUGAGGCGAGCCAGACACGGACAGACAAACACUGUAAGACUCACUCAUAUGUGGCAUCUAACAACAGCAAACCUGGCGGGACACAGUGACUCACGCCGGUAAUCCCAGCACUUUGGAAGGCUGAGGCAGGUGGAUCACCUGAGGUCAGGAGUUUGAGAACAGCCUGGCCAAAUGGAGAAACCCUGUCUCUACUGAAAAUACAAAACUUAGCUGAGCUAAUUACACCUGUAAUCCCAGCUACUCGGAAGGCAGAGGUUGCAGUGAGCCAAGAUUGCAUCGUUCACUCAAGCCUAGGUAACGAGUGAAACUCUCAAAAAUAAAUAAAUAAAUAAAUAAUUUAAAUAAACAUAUAUUUUUAAAUAAUAAAAACAGCAAACCCAUAGAAGCAGAGAAUUGAAUGGAGGUCUCCAGGGCUGGAGGGUGGGGAGAAAAGGGAGAUGUCAAUCAAAGGGUAUGUGCUUUCAGCUAUGUGAGGUGAGUACGUCCUGGAGACCUGCUGCACAUUAAAGCAGUGCUUAAUGCGACAUGGGAGUUUGCUAUACUUAGAAGUUUACUAAGAUGGUAGCUCUCCUGUUAAGGGUUUGACUUAGUCCAUUCAGGCUGCUAUAACAAAAUACCAUAAACUGGGUGACUUGUAAACCAAGAAUCGGCCUGACACGGUGGCUCACCCCUGUAAUCCCAGCACUUUGGGAGGCUGAAGUGGACGGAUUACCUGAGGUCGGGAGUUCGAGACCAACCUGACCAACAUGGAGAAACCUCGUCUCUACUGAAAAUGCAAAAUUAGGCAGGCAUGGUGGCACCUGCCUGUAAUCCCAGCUACUUGGGAGGCUGAGGCAGGAGAAUCACUUGAACCCAGGAGGCAGAGGUUGCGGUGGGCCAAAAUCACACCAUUGCAUGCCACCCUGGGCAACAAGAGCGAAACUCCAUCACAAAAAAAAACAAAAACAACAAAACACAGAAUCUUAUUUCUCACAAGAACUCCAAGAGGAACAUGUUGGCAGAUUUGGUGUCUGUUGCGGGCUUGCUGACUAGUUCAUUGAAGGUGCCUUCUCACUGUGUUCUCACAUGGUGCAAAGGGCAAGGGAGCCCUCUCUGGCCUGUCUUAUAAGAAUACUAACCCCAGCCAGCCUUGAUGGCUUAUGCCUGUACUCCCAGCACUUUGGGAGGUCAAGGCAGGUGGAUCACCUAAGGUCAGGAGUUCAAGACCAGUCUAGCCAACAUGAUGAAAUCCCAUCUCUACUAAAAAUACAAAAAAUUGGCUGGAGGUGGUGGCAGGCACCUAUAGUCCCAGCUACUCAGGAGGCUGAGGCAGAAGAAUUGCGUGAACCUGGGAGGUAGAGGUUGCAGUGAGCCGAGAUCGCACGAUUGCACUCCAGUCUGGUUGACAAGAGGGAAACUGUAUCUCAAAAUAAAUAAAUAAACAAUAUAAAGUUUUAAAAAUGAUUAACAAUCAGAACUGGGUGCAGUGGCUUACACCUGUAAUUCCAGCACUUUGGGAGGCUGAGCUAGGCAGAUCACAAGGUCAGGAGUUUGAGACCAGCCUGACCAACAUGGUGAAACCCCAUCUCUACUAAAAACACAAAAAUUAGUCGGGUGGGUGUGGUGGCGCAUGCCUGUAAUCCCAGCGACUUGGGAGGCUGACACAGGAGAAUCGCUUGGCAGAGGUUGCAGUGAGCUGAGGUUACAGUGAGCUGAGAUCGCACCGAGCUGAGAUCGCACCGCUGCACUCCAGCCUCUUGCUCGGGACAGAGCAAGAGUCCCGAGUUUUUUUUUAGUUCAGUCUCAAAAAAAACUUUGAGGAGGGAGGAUCGUUUGAGCCCAGAGUUUAAGACCAGCCUGGGCAACAUAGCAACACCCAUCUCUACAAUAAAUAAAUAAAUAUUAAUAAAUAAAAGCAGGCCCUUCCUGACAAGUUCUCUCAGCACUCUGUAACAUUCCUUCCAGGUAUUUUUUUUUUUUUUUUUUUUAAAGACAGGGUUUCACCAUGUUGGCCAGGCUGGUCUUGAACUCCUGACCUCAGGUGAUCCGCAUGCCUCCGCCUCCCAAAGUGCUGAGACUACAGGCAUGAGCCACCACGCUUGGCCUUUCCUUCUGGGUAUUAACUAUAUUUGUUCAUAUGGUUUUUUAAUAACAUCCUUCUUUCCUACAAAACUGGAAAUUCCCCAAGGCAUGUCCAUGCCUGGUAUGUGCUAGGCGUGGAGGAGAUCCUCUGUGGAUGUUUGUUGAAUGAACAAAUGAUACGGGAGAGGAGCAGCAGACAGAGUCUGUCUUCACCUUCAAGAAUCAACCUCUAGGCCAGGCACCAUGGCUCACGCCUGUAACCCCAGCACUUUGGGAGGCUGAGGUGGGUGGAUCACCCGAGGUCAGGAGUUUGAGACCAGCCUGACCAACAUGGUGAAACCCCAUCUCUAAAUAAAUAAAUAAGAAUCAACCUCUAAAGAAGAGCCAGGGCCAGGGGCGCUGGCUCACCCCUGUAAUCCCAGCACUUUGGGAGGCUGAGGUGGGUGGAUCACCUGAGGUAAGUCAGGAGUUUGAGAACUGCUUGGCCAACAGAGCAAAACCCCAUCUCUACUAAAAAUACAAAAAAAUUAGCUGGGCAUGGUGGCAGGUACCUGUAAUCCCAGCUACUAUGGCUAAGGCAGCAAAAUUGCUUGGUAAAACCCCAUCCCUACCAAAAAUAAAAUCAGCUGAGAGUGGUGGCAGGUUCCUGUAAUUCCAGCUACUAAGGCAGGAGAAUUGCUUGAACCUGGCAGGCAGAGGUUGAAGUGAGCUGAGAGCACGCCAUUGCACUCCAGCCUGGGCAACAGGAGCGAAACUCCGUCUCAAAAACAAAAGAAGAGCCAGGGCCAGGCACAGGGGCUCCCACCUGUACCUCAGCAACUGGGGAGACCGCGGCAAGAGGAUUACUUGAGCCCAGGAAUUUGAGAUCAGCCUGGGCAACAUAGAGACCCUGUCUCUACAAAAUAUGCAAAAUUAACCAGGCAUGGUGGUACACACCUGUGGUCCCAGCUAGUCAGGAGACUGAAGCAGGGGGAUCACUUGAACCCAAGUCCAGGCUGCAGUGAGCUGUGAUUGUGCCACUGCAUUCCAGCCUGGAAGACAGAGCAAUACUCUAAUAAUACUAACAACAAUAAUAACACAAGAAGAGCAAGAUUGGUGUCACCAUAAGACAAGUGCAGUGUGAUAAGUGCUAGCAGAGAGCUAGAAAGGCAAGGCUGGAAGGGAAGUCUUCCUGGAGGAAGUGGUAUGCAGGCCAGGACUUGAGGAAUAGGAAGGAAGUUGAUUGGCAAAGAAGUUGGGCAGCUCUUUUUUUGAGCAGAGUCAAGACGUGGAUGUGAUAGCAUGAGACUCAGCUGAUAGGUAAGUUGCCAGCCCCCCAGUUAUGUUUGAAUUUCAGGUAAGCAAUGAAUUAUUUUUUAUUGCAGAAAACCUACUUAUGCUGAAUAAGUAUUUGUGGCGUGCUUUUGUGCCACUGCACUCCAGCCUGGGGGACAGAGAAAGACUCAGGAAAAAAAAAAAAAAAAUUUAAGACCUAAAAACCAUCCAAUGCAGUUGAUGCUCAGCAAAGCUCAAUAAUUUGAGAUGACAGAGAUGAAGGUCCCAAAAUAUGGCUGGCCUCCUGCCCUCUUAGUGAACAGAGCGUCGCCUUCUCCUAUGUUCAUAUUGAACAAGGUUUUAUUUUUAUUGUUGUUGUUUUUGUUUUUUUGAGACAGAGUCUCGCUCUGUCGCCCAGGCUGGAGUGUAGUGGUGCAGUCUUGGCUCACUGCAUCCUCCACCUCCUGGAUUCAAGCAGUUCUCGUGCCUCAGCCUCAUGAGUAGCUGGGAUUAUUGCACCACCAUGCCUGGAUAAUUUUUAUGUAUUUUAGUAGAGACAGGUGUUUCACUGUGUUGGCCAGGCUGGUUUCAACACCUGGUCUCAAGUGAUCUGCCUGGCUCAGCCUCCCAAAGUGUGGGGAUUAUAGGCAUGAGCUGCCUCACUCGGCCUGUCUCAUAAUUUUAUUUACGUGGCAACCCUAGAUGAGAUGUUAAUUCACAUGGCAAAUUUGGCCUUUUCUGAAAGGGCAUAAAUGAAUUUGAUUUCUUAGCUGAACACACACACACAAAAGAGUUGAACUGAAUUUGGAGCCCAGAUUCUCAAUUGUUGCUGAAAGAAUCAACCUCAAAAUCUCAGGAACUUAGCAGAGUAAAGGUUUGUUUCUCAUUUGUGAAACGUCUGAUGCGGAUGUUCUUGGUUCAUAGGUUUUCUGAACAGUUUUCUAGUAAGCGAUAAACUCAAGGGCACAGGCUCCUUCAGCUGUACGGUGUCACCAGCUCAGACUCCUUGGCUUCCAGUCACACAAACUGGGGAAAGAGACAGCAGGAGCUCUCACACGGUCCUUCUGUGGGCCGGCCUGCCAAUGGCCUCAACUCUGGCCACGUUCCAUUAGCAACACUAGCUGUGUGACUCCGCCCAGACGCUGGGAGGGACUAGAAAUGUCAUCUUCCUGUGUGUCCCAGGGCUCUGGGCAGUCAAGGACAGGUUGGUAGAAUGGAUGGACCCAGGCUUGGGCACCAGAGAGCUCUGUGUUUAAAUCACAGCCUGGCUAGGUGCAGUGGCUUACGCCUAUAAUCCUAACACUUUGGGAGGCUGAGGGGGAAGGAUCACUUGAGCCCAGGAGUUCAAGACCAGCCUGGGGAACAUAGUAAGACCCUGUCUCUACAAAAGAAUUUAAAAGUAGGCCGGGUGCAGUGGCUCAUGCCUGUAAUCCCAGCACUUUGGGAAACAGAAGUUGAGGGGAUCACCUGGGUCAGGAGUUCAAGACCAGCCCGACCAACAUGGUAAAACCUCGUCUCUACAAAACAUACAAAAAUUAGCUGGGUGUGGUGGCGGACAUCUAAAAUCCCAGCUACUUGGGAGGCUGAGGCAGGAGAAUCACUUAAAUCUGGGAGGCAAACAUUGCAGGGAGCCAAGAUCGUGCCACUGCACUCCAGCCUGAUUGAACAACAGAGCAAAAAAAGAAAGAAAAAUUAGCCAGGCAUGGUGCAUGCUUGUAGUCCCAGCUACUUAGGAGGCUUAAGGAGUAAGGAUCGCCUGAACCCAGGAAGUCAAGGCUGUAGUGUGCCACUGCAUUGCAGCCUGGGUGACAGGAGUGACACCCUGUAUCCAAAAAAUAAUAAUAAAUAAAUAAAUUACAGCCCAGGUGAAUUAGCCCCUUACUUUCAACCUUCUCAUUUGUAAAAAGGUCACAAUACCUACCUUGCCACGUGGCCAUGAGAGGAAAGACCUGGCACACAGAACGCACAUGAUGACAAGUUGUUACUAUAGUAUUAUUUUGUUUGUAAUCUGUCAUUUACUUCCAUGGUUUGCUGGUCAGGGGGCGGGGGCAGGUCUUGGUUUACCCAGUAGGAACACAGAGCAGUAGUAUCGAAUUUUUUUAUGUCAUAGAUUUAAGACCUAGGCCAGGCGCAGUGGCUCAUUCCUGUAAUCCCAGCACUUUGGGAGGCCGAGGCAGCAGGUGGAUCACCUGAGGUUAGGAGUUCAAGACCAGCCUGGCCAAUAUGGCCAAACCCCGUUUCUACUAAAAAUACAAAAAUUAGCCAUGCCUAUAGUCCCAGCUACUGGGGAGUCUGAGGCAGAAGGAUUCCUUACAGCUGGGUGCAGAGGUUGCAGUAAGCUGAGAUUGUGCCACUGCUCUCCAGCCUGGGCGGCAGAGCAAGACUCUUGUGUCAAAAAAAAAAAAAGAUUUAAGACCUAAAAAAUCAUCCAAUGCAAUUGAGGUUCAGCAAAGCUCAAUAACUUUUCUGAGAUCACAGGGAUGAGAGGCCCAAAAUACAGCUGGCCUUCUGCCCUCUUAGUAAACAGAGCGUUACUUCUCCAAAUGUUCACACUGCCACCCGGCCCUUUUCCACAUAAAGAGAUCAGGCCGUGCUUCCUACUUCUUUCAAACAGUUGGGAAGUUUUCUUUCUAGCUCUUAAAUAUCAGUGACAAUUAUGCCUAAGCUGGAAUUUUAAUUUCCCAUUCAAGUUUCCUGAAUAUAGUACAGUAAAAGAAAACCCUAGAAAUUUACUGACCUUUUCUUGUUGGCUUGACACCAUGCUUGACUUCUCAGUGGGGCUGGAUUUCCCCUCUGGGGUCUGACUCACAUUUUCCAGCACACACAGCACCGCGUUCAAUAACAACCAGAUACUUUUACUGCUCAGAUAUUAAUCUGGACCAAAAGUGGGUUGCUAAUGAUGAUGACAAUUGAACGGCAUGGACCACAUUUUCCCCCGCUUUGUAUUUCUGUUUUCAACUUGGUUUCAUUUUGCCAUGACGAAAGAACUUGCUGACCUGACAUGGUGGCUCACACCUGUAAUCCCAGCACUUUGGGAGGCUGAGGGGAGCAGAUCACUUGAGCCCAGGGGUUCGAGACCAGCCUAGGCAACAUGGUAAAACCCAUCUGUGCAAAAAAUACAACUGUAGGCGUGGUAAUUUGUGCCUGUAGUUCCAUCUACUUGGGAGGCUGGGCUGGGAGGAUCACUUGAGCCCAGGUGACUCCUGUCACCCCAGGCUGCAGUGCAGUGGCACAAUCUCACCGCAUUGCAGCCUCAACUUCCCAGGCUCAGGCAAUCCUCCCUCCUUAGCCUCCUGAGUAGCUGGGACUACAAGCGUGCUCCACCAGGCCUAGCUAUUUUUUUUUUUUUUUUGAGUCCAAGAGAUGGAGGUUGCACUGAGCUGAGACAAAGUCACUACACUCCAGCCCAAGGGACAGAGUGAGACCCUGUCUAAAAAAAAAAUUUUUUUUAAAGCCAGGCACAGUGGCUUAUGCCUGUAAUCCCAGCACUUUGGGAGGCUGAGGCAUCUGGAUCACUUGAAGUAGGGAGUUCAAGACCAGCCUGGCCAACAUGGUGAAAACCCAUCUCUACUAAAAAUAUAAAAAUUAGCUGGGCUUGGUGAUGGGUGCCUAUAAUCCCAGCUACUCAGGAAGCUGAGGCUGGAGAAGCACUUAAACCCAGGAGGCAGAGGCUGCAGUGAGCUGAGAUUGUACCAUUGCACUCCAGUCUGAGUCACAAAGCGAGACUCUUGUUUGUUUUUGAGAUGGAGUUUUGCUCUUGUUACCCAGGCUGGAGAGCAAUGGCGCGAUCUCGGCUCACCAAAACCUCCGCCUCCUGGGUUCAGGCAAUUCUCCUGCCUCAGCUUCCUGAGUAGCUGGGAUUACAGGCACACGCCACCAUGCCCAGCUAAUUUUUCGUAUUUUUAGUAGAGACGGGGUUUCACCAUGUUGACCAGGAUGGUCUCGAUCUCUUGACCUCAUGAUUCACCCGCCUCAGCCUCCCAAAGUGCUGGGAUUACAGGCGUGAGCCACCGUGCCCGGCGACUCUGUUUCAAAAAAAAAAGAAAAAAAUUAGGCUGAGCAAGGUGGCUCACACCUGUAAUCCCAGCACUUUGGGAGGCCGAGGUGGGUGGAUUGCCUGAGCUAAGGAGUUCAAGACCAGCCUGGACAAUAUGGCAAAACCCUAUCUCUAUUAAUAAUACAAAAAUUAUCCAGGUAUGGUGGUGCACAACUGUAGUCCCAGCUACUUGGGAGGCUGAGAUGGGACAAUAGCUUGAACCUGGGAGGCGGAGGUUGCAGUGAGCUGAGAAUGCACCAGUGCACUCCAGCCUUGGUGACAGAGCAAGACUCUAUCUCAAAAAAAAAAAAAAAAAAAACUUAGGAGGCUGACCUGGCAGUGACCCCACAGCAGACCCUGAACUCAUGGGACUGUAGAGCAGAGCUCCCAAGGCCAGCUCUGCACUGCCUGGUUUCACUUAUCUUUACCACAUUUUCCCAAGUGACAAGAGUAGGGUCAGGGAGAGAGAAGCAACUGACUGCUGAUCAUUCAUCUAUCAGAUGCCCCAGCUUUGUGACCUAUUACAACAACCCUGGCUGAUUUAUUUUGUGGGCCUUUCCCAUCUACCAGCAUCCAAAAUGAGACAAGCUUAAAAACUCCUUUCAGACCUUAGAGGUAAAUAGUAAUUUCCUCUUUUCACCCAAAGAUGAAGGGGUCCACUUCAUAGGCAAAUCAUUUUGCAGGCUUUGGGAGAUGUCCUUCAACAUGUUUCACCCACAAACGUCUGGAACCAGCUCUUCUUCUGUACAGGUUAUUUUCAGCACGUAGCAAAAUGCCAUUCUGUAGCUCAGGAAUUUCCACCAGGCUGCCCAUGUUGUCACAGGGCAAAUGACUACACAGAUUGUCCUCCUGCGCAGGUUGGCAAGGAAAGAUCUUCAAUGGUAUGUUAUCAGUGAAACACCUAUUCCUGUAGUAAGGCUCAAAAAUACCUUUGAUCAAAAUUAGAGUAGGCUGGCCAGGCGCAGUGGCUCACACCUGUAAUCCCAGCACUUUGGGAGGCUGAGGCGGGCAGAUCAUGAGGUCAAGAGAUAGAGACCAUCCUGGCCAACAUGGUGGAAACCCCUUUCUACUAAAGAUACAAAAAUUAGCUGGGUGUGGUGGCGCAUGCCUAUAGUCCCAGCUAUUCAUGAGGCUGAAGCAGAAGAAUCGCUCGAACCCAGGAGGUGGACAUUGCAGUGAGCCAAGAUUUGCACCACUGCACUCCAGCCUGGUGACAGAGCAAGACUCUGUUUCAAAAAAAAAAAAAAAAAUUAGACCAGGCUUAUGAUUUUUUGUGGGGGGUGGGGGGCACAGUGUCUCACUUUGUUGGCCAGGCUGGAGUUCAGUGGUGCAAUUAUACAGCUCCCUGCUUGAGACCUCUGGGGCUCAAGCAAUCCUCCUGCUUCAGCCUGUUUAGUAGCUGGGACUACAGGCACAUGCCACUGUACCUGGCUAACUUUUUUUAUUUUUAGUAGAGACAGGGUCUCCCUAAGUUGCCCAGGCUGGUCUUGAACUCCUGAGCUCAAGCAAUCCUCCCACCUCAGCUUUCCAAAGUGUGGUGAUUUCAGGCAUGAGCCACUGGUGCCUGGCUUGAGGUUUAUGAUUUAAAGUGUGUAUUUAGAGCAAAUAUUGUAAAAGGCGGUCCCUCAAGAAGAAGUGAAAUCAUAGUCUCUUGGUCUGCUUCUGUCUCCAAAGAGGGAGGAGCAAAGGUCCUGAGUGAUGUGGUUCCUUUGGGCUGAGCUUCGUGGAAGAUGAGAAGAUUAGAAACCACCGGCCUGAAAACGGGGGUUUCCUAGGACAAUCAAGACUCACAUUUGACUAUUCUUUUUUUAUUAUUAUUAUAUGAGAGCUUCUCAUUUUAUCUCCUCUGAAGUUAACUAGCCUUUCUGACUACCAAACACAGCUAAACGAUAGCUAGCUAGCUAGCUAGCUAGAUAGAUAGGUAGAUAUAGCUUCUGUGUCCCCUACACAGAGAAGAGAGAAGGAGAGAAGGAAAUUAUUACUUAUGCAGAUGAAAGUGGUCAGCUGGGAAGAUCUCACAUUUUCACUUAGCAGAUAGCGGGGAGGAGCUAUUUUGAUAAUACAGCUUCUCUUUCCAUGGUGAAAGAUAGAUAACUUCUUCAAAGCUAAAAAAAAAAAGCUAAAUACAGUUCUGAUUUAAAAUUUAAUAUGUGUGGCUAGGCGCGGUAGCUUACUCCUGUAAUCCCAGUACUUUGGGAGGCCAAGGUGGAUGGAUCACAAGGUUAGGAGUCGAAGACCAGCCUGGCCAAACCCCGUCUCUACUAAAAAUACAAAAAUCAGCCAGCCAUAGUGGUGGGCGCCUGUAAUCCCAGCUACUAGGGAGGCUGAGGCAGGAGAAUCGCUUGAACCUGGAAGGCGGAGAUUGCUGUGAGCCGAGAUUGCACCACUGCACUCCAGCCUGGGUGACAGAGGGAGACUCAGUCUCAAAAAAUUAAAUAAAUAAAUAAACAAACUACCCCAAAAAAGAUAGCUAAAAUAAGUGAUUUACAGUUUUUUGUGUCGUUUCGUUUUGUCUGAGACAGGGUCUCACUCUGUCUCCUAGGCUGGAAUGCAGUGGUGCCAUCUUGGCUCACUGCAACCUCCGCUUCCUGGGUUCAGUCAGUUCUCCUGCCUCACCCUCCUGAGUAGUUGGGAUUACAGGCACACGCCACCACACUCGGCUAAUUCUUUUGUAUUUUUAGUAGAAAGGAGGUUUCACCAUGUUGGCCAGGCUGGUCUCAAAUUCCUGACCUCAGGUGAUCCACCCACCUUGGCCUCCCAAAGUGCUGGGAUUACAGGAGUGAGCCACUGUGCCCGGCUGAGCAUCUUUGCAUGACCUCAUUGGCCAUUUAUAUAUCUCAAUUGGAAAAAUGUCUAUUCAGAUCCUUUGCCUAUUUUUUAAUUGCAUUUUUUGUUUGUCUGCUUUUGAGACAGAGUCUUGCUCUGUGACCCAGGCUGGAGUACAGUGGCACUACGUUGGCUCACUGCAACUUCCACCUCCCGGAGUAAAGCAAUUCUUUUGCCUCAGCCUCCCAAGUAGGCUGGGACUACAGGUGCUUGCCAACAUCCUGGCUAAUUUUUGUAUUUUUAGUAGAGACAGGGUUUCACCAUAUUGGCCAGGGUGGUCUCAAACUCCUGACCUGAAGUGAUCUGCCCACCUCAAUUUCCCAAAGUGCGGGGAUUAUAGGUGUGAGUCACCGUGCCUGGCCACAUUAUCUUUUUAACUAUUGAAUUGUAAGCCUUCUGGAAGCUUUUCCUUCCUUCCUGUCUUCAUUCCUUAAUGUUUUUCUCACACACACACAAAGAAAGCACUGAAAAAGAUAGCUAAAAUACAGUGCCUGAGCUCAAGGGUCUCACAUCUAAUGGAGGAGCUAAAUGCUAAAGAAGGAGCAAUUUGUGUUAGGGAUGGGGGAUCUGGUCGGGCUUCACACAAGAUGAAAUAGUUUGGGUCUGUGUCCACCAAACCUCAUGUUGAAUAGUAAUCCCCAAUGUUGGAGGUUGGGCCUGCUGGGAGGUGUUUGGGUCAUGUGGGUGGAUCCCUCACAGUAGUGAGUGAGUUGUCAUGAGAUCUGGUUGUUUAAAAAUGUGCCCUCCGCCACCGCUCCCUCUCCCGCCACGUCAGUUGCCUGCUCCCCUGCACCUUCCAACAUGAUUUGAAGCUUCCCGAAGCCUCCGCAGAAGUUGUGGCCAGUGCUAUGCUACCUGUACAGCUUGCAGAACCAAGAGCCAAGUGAACCUUGUUUCUUAUAAAUUAUGCAGUCUCAGGCCGGGCGCCGUGGCUCAUGCCUGUAAUCCCAGCACUUUGGGAGGCCAAGGCUGGUGAAUCAUGAGGUCAGUAGUUUGAGACCAGCCUUGCCAACAUGGUGAAACCCCAUCUCUACUAAAAAUACAAAAAAUUGCCGGGCACAGUGGCGCGUGCCUGCUCGGGAGGCUGAGGUGGGAGGAUCACUUGAGCCCAGGAGUCCUGGGCUCUAGUGCGCUAUGCUGAUCGGGUAUCUGCACUAAGUUUGGCAUCAAUAUGGUGACCUCCCGGGAGCGGGGGACCACCAGGUUGCCUAAGGAGGGGUGAACCGGCCCAGGUCGGAAACAGAGCAGGUCAAAACUCCCGUGCUGAUCAGUAGUGGGAUCGUGCCUGUGAAUAGACACUGCAUUCCAGCCUGGGCAACAUAGCGAGACCCUGUCUGUUAAAAAAAAUAAGAAGAAAAUUAAAAAAAAAAAUACAAAAAAUUAGCUGGGCACAGUAGUGGUGGGUACCUGUAAUCCCAGCUACUUGGGAGGCUGAGGCAGGAGAAUCGCUUGAUUAAAUAAAUAAAUAAAGUAGUCUCAGGUACUUUUAUUUUUUUUGAGACAGAUUCUCGCUCUGUCUCCAGGCACCAGGCUGGAGUGUAGUGGUGCAAUCUCAGCUCACUGCAACCUCCACUUCCUGGAUUCAAGCAAUUCUCCUGCCUCAGCCUCCCGAGUAGCUGCGACUACAGGCGCCUGCCACCACGUCCAGCUCAUUUUUGUAUUUUUAGUAGAGGUGGGAUUUCACAAUGUUGACCAGGAUGGUCUCAGUCUCUUGACCUGGUGAUCCACCCACCUGGGCCUCCCAAAGUGCUGGGAUUACAGGCGUGAGCCACCGCGCCGGGCCUCAGGGAUUUCUUUAUAGCAACAGAGAACAGACUAAUGUAGAAGACAAAAGCCUGAGCUGGAGAAGAGUGUUGCAGCUCACGCCAUAGCUCAGGGGCGUCCUACGCUUACUUUUCUGUGCUGUAUACAUGAAGGAGACAGUGGAGGAAAUGCCCUCAAGGAAUUUGUGCUCUUGGAGUCACAUUUAUAUUCACUCAAAAGGUAAAUGCCAUGAAUAAGCCAUUUGCUAAGUAAAGCUGUCCAAUAGCAGCUUCUGGUGCAUGUAGACCAGGCGUCACAUCAGCUGAUUUGGGGGCUGUGGGAAGACCCCGCCCACCAUUAAAAGUCUAUCCGAAUCCUUCCUAUCUCUCUACAAAUCACCACAGCCGCCACAGAAAGCUCUUAUUUUCACUCUGCUAAGGCAUUUGGGAGGGAUAGUGCCUCCGGUAACUGGUUUAUUUAUACAGCCUGCUGAUUGAACUUAACAGUUGAUUUAGUUUUGUUUUUUUAGGGUUUUUCUUUUUUGAGACCGAGUUUUGCUCUUGUUGCCCAGGCUGGAGUUAGUGGUACGAUCUCAGCUCACUGCAACCUCCACCUCCCAGGUUCAAGCAAUUCUCUGCCUCAGCCUCUUGAGUAGCUGGGAUUACAGGUACCCACCACCACGCCCAGCUAAUUUUUCUGUAUUUUUAAUAGAGAUGAGAGUUUCACCAUGCAGGUGUUAAACUCCUGACCUCAGGUGAUCCACCCACCUCAGCCUCCCAAAAUGCUGGGAUUACAGGCCGUGAGCCACUGCGCCUGGCCUGUUGCUUUUAGAAUUUACAGUUUAAAAAACAGUAACUCAGACGUUUGAAUCCGGCCCCACCACUACCAGCUGUUUGUUUUGACCAAUCCCAGUCUCUGAGUCAGUGCCCGUAUCGGUACGAUGGAUUUUUAAUAGCUGCCGUAUUCGGUAACUACAAGGGCGGAAAGAACGCACACAUGUUAAAUACCUAGCCAGUGCUUGGCCAAAAGAGAAUCCCCAAAUAGUAGUUUGAAUCUGUGUCAUGAGACUCAGACAGCACAGGACACUGACGCACAGAACGGGUGACAUAGUGUUAGUGAAGGGGUGUGAUUGGGGGGACAGGGUCUGCUAUUUAUUUGGGGCACCAGUGAGGGGGCCUCCCACUGAGAAAGGAAAUGCCAGAAACAAAGGGGCAAUGAGAGGGUGUGAGGGUGAGGACAUGGCCCAGGUCACCAGCCUGACGACUUCCCACCAGGGCAGGGCUGAAGCUCUGCUGUGCUAGUCACCUCCACUAGGCUUCAGCCACCUGCAGCGGUGAGGCCUUCCAGAGGCCACAUGAUGUGAACCGUGGGAACAGCACCUCCACUAGGCUGCAUCUGACUCUGCAAGGGGUUUUCAGGAGAGCUUUGGACAAGGCACAGAAGCGCGAAUCCUCAAAAAAUCUAAAUGAGGGCCCAGAGCCGCCGGCCUCCCCACUUUCUGCAGCAAGACCUAGGUGGACCCUAGCGCCUGCAGACCCCCAGACAGGACACGAGGCGCUCUGAGAGAUGGAAAUACAACCUCUUCCUGCCUCACAGGGCAGCGGAGAAGCACUGACUUUCUAGCUGCUUUAGCCACACACAGUGGCACCUUUGUUCCUGUCUAGUGAGCUUGCUGCCUCCAGGGAUGCUGCCCGGGCCCAUCGUGCCCAUGCCGGAAACAUGCAGUCCUUUGAUAAUCACCCUUUAUCCCAGGCUCCGAAUCAAAGUGGCAAAGAUGCUGACAAGGACUCCAGCAAACACGACCGAGGCUUUCAGGUCUGACCCUGAAACGAAGACCCACCUCCGUGGGGAGAAGCACACGCUUCUCUGGGCUGAAGGCUCAAAGGAAACAGGAACUGCGGGCCCUGCACACAGCUGCACUCGCUGGGGCAGCUCAGACGAACGUCCCCAGGGGAGUCCGAGUUAUCCGGAUGGCGUUCCUGACUCCCCGAGGGGUGAGACACCCCUCCUCCAGCCUGCAUUUCCACAUGCUGGGUGCAGCCUGCAGACAACUUCAGAUGCCUUGUUUUUUAUUGAGGUGAAAUUCAAGUACCAUAAAUUGUACCAUUUAAAGCGAAAAAUUCAGGCCGAUGUAGUGGCUCACAUCUGUAAUCCCGGAACUUUGGGAUGCUGAGAUGGGAGGAUUGCUUGAGCCCAGGAGUUCGAGACAGACUGAGCAACAUAGUGAGAACCCAUCUCUGUACAAAAAAAAGAAAAAAAAGUUAGCCAGGCAUGGUGGUGUGUGUGCCUGUGUUCCCAGCUGCUCAGGAGAUGGGAGGAUCGCUUGAGCCUGGGAGUUUGAGGCUGCAGUGAGCUGUGAUUGCCCCACUGCACUCCAGCCUGGGUGCCAGAGAGAGACCCUGUCUUUAAAAAAAAGGCUGGGCAUGGUGGCUCAUGCCUGUAAUCCUAGCACUUUGGGAGGCCGAGGUGGGUAGAUCACGAGGUCAGGAGUUCCAGACCAGCCUGGCCAAGAUGGUGAAACCCCGUCUCUACUAAAAAUACAAAAAUUAGCUGGGCGUGCUGGUGGGUGCCUAUAAUCCCAACUACUUGGGAGGUUGAGGCAGGAAAAUUGCUUGAACCCAGGAAGUGGAGGUUGCAGUGAGCCAAGAUCAUACCACUGCACUCUAGCCUGGGUGACAGAGCAAGACUCAGUCUCAAAUAAAUAAAUAGAUAGAUAGAUAGAUAGACAGAUAGAUAGAUAGAUAAACAAUUCAGUAGCAUUUAAAGCAUUCAGUGUUCUGCAGGCACCACCACUAUCCAGCUCCAAAACAUUCUCAACACCCCAAAUACAAGGCCAUAUCUAUAUGCAGUCACUCUCCACUCUCUCCUCCCAGCUUUGUGUGACGACAGUGUGCCAGGGACUGUGCUCAGGACAGAAGCAGAGUGGUGAACAAGGCAGUUGCAGUCCCUGCCAUCGGGGGGUCCAGUCUAAUGUGACAGUCAGAUACUGCUCAAACAACUGGAAAUGGUACAUGUGACAGGAGCCUGUGACAGAAGUGCUGGGCAGGGGCCAGGCACAGAGGCUCAUGCCUGUAAUCCCAGCACUUAGGGAAGCUGAGGCGGGUCAGGGGUUCAAGACCAGCCUGGCCAAGAUGGUGAAACCUGGUCUCUACUAAAAAUACAAAAAUUAGCUGGGCAUGGUGGUUCGUGCCUGUAAUCCCAGCUACUUGGGAGGUGGAGGCAGGAGAAUCACUUGAACCCAGGAGGCGGAGGUUGCAGUGAGCCAAAAUUUCUCCACUGCACUCUAGCCUGGGCAACAAAGUAAGACUCCAUCUAAAAAAAAAAAAAAAAAAAAAAAAGUGCUGAGUGGGUCCAAGCUCAGAGUUCUCAUACGAUGCUCUGCUGAGGUGGGCUUCACAGUCGUCCCCAUUUUCCAGAUGAACAAACCAGGGCCUUGAGAGGUUAAAUGCCUUGCCCAAGGUUAGACCACCAAUAAAUGGCAGAGUUGGAAUUCAAACAAAGGUCCCUAUAACUCCCAGCAAGUUGCUUUCUGUCUCUGUGGAUUUAAUUAUUUGUACAUUUCAUAUCAAUGGAAUUUCACAAGAUGUGACCUUUUGUAUCUGGUUUCUGUCACUUAUUUGAAUAUCGCAAAGGUUCAUCCAGGAUGUAGCAUGCUUCCGUGGUGGAUCCCCUUUUAUAGCUGAAUUCUAUUUCAUUGUUUGGAUGGACACUUUGUUUCUUUGCUCAUCCACUGAUGCACAUCUGGCUUGUUUUCCUUUUGGUUACUGUUGAAGUUGGUGCACAGUAUCUGUUUGAUUCCCUGCUUUUCAUUCUUUAGGAGUAGGACUGCUGGAUCAUAGAGUGAUUGUUUUUUGUUUGUUUGUUUGUUUUUUGAGACAGGGUCUCGCUCUGUCGCCCAAGCUGGAGUGCAGCAGCGUGAUCACAGUUCACUGCAGCCUUGACCUCCUGGGCUCCAGUGAUCCUCCCACCUCAGCCCAGAAAGCAGUUGGGACUACAGGCAUGUGCCACCAUGCCUGGCUAGCUUUUUGUAGAAACAGGGUUUCGUCCUGUUGCCCAGGCUAGUCUCAAACUCCUGGGCUCUAGCCGUCUGCCCACCCUGUCCUCCCAAAGUGCUGGGAUUACAGGUGAAAGCCACUGCACCCAGGCUGAGUGUCUUUUCCCGUGCUUAUUGGCCACUGUAUAUCUUCUUUGAGAAAUGUCCAUUCUUUGCCCAUUUUUUAGUUGGAUUGUUUGUUUUUUUUGUUGUUUAGUUGUAAGAGUUUUCGUUUUGUUUUGUUUUUAUUUUGUUUUAUUUUUUAAGAGGGAGUCUCACUGCUGGAGUGUAGUGGUGUGAUCUUGGCUCACUGCAACCUCCAUCUCCCAGGUUCAAGCGAUUCUUCUGCCUCAGAUUUCUGAAUAGCUGGGACUACAGUUGCCUACCACCAUGUCCGGCUAAUUUUUUUGUGUUUUUAGUAGAGAUGGGGCUUCCCCAUGUCAGCCAGGUUGGUCUUGAACUCCUGACCUCAAGUGAUCUGCCCACCUUUGCCCCCCAAAGUGCUGGGAUUACAGCAUGAGCCACUGUGCCUGGCCUGUAAGAGCUCUUUAUACAUGGAUGAGUAAAUAGGCUUCGGUUUUUCUUACCACAUUCUGAUUUUUUAAAUGCUUCCCUCCUCCACUAGCCAGGGAGCUCCUUAAGAGCAGGGCCUGGGCCUUCAUUAAAAAAAUCGAACAGGCCAGACUCAGUGGCUUAAGCCUAUAAUUCCAGCACUUUGAGAGGACAAGGUGGGUGGAUCACCUGAGGUCAGGAGUUCGAGACCAGCCUGGCCAACAUGGUGAAACCCUGUCUCUACUAAAAAUGCAAAAAAUUAGCCAGGCCUGGUGAUGCAUGCCUGUAAUUCCAGCAGGAGAAUCUCUUGAAUAUGGGAGGCAGAGGUUGCAGUGAGCCGAGAUUGUGCCAUUGCACUCCAGCCUGGCAACGAGAGCAAAAAUCAGUCUCAAAACAAAAACAAAAACAAACAGGCCAGGCGUGGUGGCUCACACCUGUAAUCCCAGCACUUUGGGAGGCUGAGGUGGGUGGAUCAUGAGGUCAGGAAUUCAAGGCCGAGAUGGUGAAACCCUGUCUCUACUAGAAAUACACAAAAAAAAGCCAGGUGUGUUGGUGGGUGCCUAUAAUCCCAGCUACUCAGGAGGCUGAGGCAGAGGUUGCAGUGAGCCGAGAUUGUGCCACUGCACUCCAGCCUGGGUGAUAGAGCAAGACUCCAUCUCCAAAAAAAAACCUUCUAGUGGCUGGGCACAGUGGCUCACACCUGUAAUCCCAGCACUUUGGGAGGCUGAGGCAGGAGGAUUGCUGGAGCCCAGGACUUCCAGACCAGACUGCGUACAUACUACAACUCUCUCUCUACAAAAUAUUUAAAAAAUUAGCUGGGCAUGGGGGUGUAUGCCUGUAAUCCCAGCUACUCAAGAGGCUGAGGUGGGAAGAUUGGGUAAACCCAGGAGUUCAUGACCAAGUUGGGCAACAUGGUGAGACUCCGUCUCUACAAAAAAAUUUUAAAAAUAGCCACAUAUGGUGGUGCAUACUUUUGGCACCAGAUACCCAGGAGGCUGAGGCAGGAGGAUCAUUUGAGCCUAGACUGAGUGAGCCUGGAGGCUGCAGUGAGUCAUAUUCGCUCCAGCCUCGGAGACAGAACAAGACUCAUUCUUAGAAAAAAAAAAAAAAAGAAAAGCUCUUUUGAGUGGGGUGGCUGGUAUGGUCCUGAGCUGGGGUGGCCAUGAAGCCUGCCCCUUGAGAGAGCCUGCUCAACAUCUGCAGAAGACAGGGCCCCAGCAGCAUCAUCUCAGCCUCUGGAUUCACAUAACUGUGUCUGAACCCUACAUGUAGACUUUGCAACUCUGAGAUCCCCAACAUUCAACUUCAACGUCAUUCUCUUCCUUAUUUAAGAUGCAUUUGAGUUGGGCUGGGCGUGGUGGCUCACACCUGUAAUCCAAGCACUUUGGAGGCCAAGGCGGGCGGAUCACCUGAGGUUGGGAGUUUAAGACCAGCCUGACCAACAUGGUGAAACCCCGUCUUAUAAAAAAAUUUAAAAAAAGAUGCAUUGAGUUGAGUUAGAUAUCCUUUUUUUUUUUGGAGACAGGGUCUCACUCUGUUGCCCAGAAUGGAGUACAGUGGCGUGAUCACAGCUCACUGCAGCCUCCACCUCCUGGGCUUAAGCGAUCCUCCCAUCUCAACCUCCUAAGUAGCUGGGGCCAUAGGCACGUGUCACCGCAUGCAGCUAAUUUUUGUAUUUUCUGUAGAGACAGGGUUUUACCAUGUUGCUUAGGCUGGUCUCAAACUCCUGAGCUCAGCCAAUCUGCCAGCUUCAGCCUUGCAAAGUGCUGGGAUUAUAGGCACGAGCCACCAUGUCCAGCAGGUUUGAGGUUUGAGUUAGAUUUCUGUAAUAAUUUUCUUCAAUUUUUUUUUUUUUCAAGAUGGAGUUUCACUCAUGUUGCCCAGGCUGGAGUGCAAUGGUGCAAUCUCAGCUCACAGCAACCUCUGCUUCCUGGGUUCAAGUGAUUCUCCUGCCUCAGCCUCCAAAAUAUCUGGGAUUACAGGGAUGUGCCACCAUACCCAGCUAAUUUUGUAUUUUUAGUAGAGAUGGGGUUUCUCCAUGUUGGUCUGGCUGGCCUCGAACUCCCAACCUCAGGUGAUCCGCCUGCCUCAGCUGGGAUUACAGGCCUGAGCCACGGAGCCUGGCCAAUUUCUGUAACUUUCAACAAAAAGAUUAAAGAGCUCAUAUUCGGAUGUUA